GUUUAUAAUUGUGCUUAAAUUAAAUAGUUUAAAAGAAAAAUGGAUUUUAGAUACGCGAUUGUGAGCUACGUCAAAGACUCGACGACUUUCUAUAAGAUAGUGGAAAGAGGUGCAAUAUUUGAUAUGUAUGAUCAUAAUCAACGAUAUUACUUUAUUUCAAUAAUACAAGAUGGGUUUCAUGAAGUUUUUGACUGCAAUCUAAUUAAGACGUCGAAUUAUGAGAGUGAUCUGAGAGUGGAAAUGACUACUGUUGUAGCCAAUAACUUGGUGAAUCGUCAACCGGAGAAACCCGUCACUUACGUCGUCUCACCUGACACGAUCGAAGAGGACGUUGGUGAUGAUGAUGAAUCGGACGAUGAUGAAGCGAGCAUUGACAGAAUUACCGACGAUGUUUUGAAUGUGAUACAAUGGAGCGAUUACAGGACAGCAACGAAUACUCUACUUUCUACGGUUUUUACAAAUGAGACAUUGGCAACUCAUACUCGGUUGGGACAGAAUUAUGCUGGGCUUCAGUUGGAUCCAGAAGCUGUCGAUCGUAUAGUUUCCAUCGUUAUUGAUAGAUGCGGCGUGGAGGAAAACGAUGUGUUCGAAGUAAUUCGAAAACGAUACAAUCAAGAGAAUGCGAGAGUAAAAUAUAAACAGAAAAAAACUAGAGGUAAAUGAGAACAAGUGUUGUUAACAUAAUUUGAUUAUUUCAAAAAUGAUGGAAGUUAAACGCACAUAAACAUAUUUAAAUUAUG